CUCGUUCGUUGUGACCUAUGCGCAAGGAGAGGUCAUUCCGGUUCACACUCGAUUCAGUUGCAUUCGAAGAAGGGGUCGCAUCGCAUCAAUCAUGUUCUCCAGAAUCGUAAGACCGACCGUUUCCACCGCCAGGAACUUCUCCACCUCCAAACAGAGUAACUUUAAAGUGGCAGUAUGUGGUGCGUCCGGCGGUAUCGGACAACCGUUGUCGCUUCUUCUGAAGACCAACCCUUUGGUCUCCGAAUUGUCCCUCUACGACAUCGUUCACACUCCCGGUGUCGCCGCCGACUUGAGCCACAUCGAAACCGCCGCCAAAGUCAGAGGUGUCAACGGCGCAGAGAACGUGAAAGAUGCCCUAAGAAACGCUGAUGUAAUCAUCAUUCCUGCUGGAGUGCCCAGGAAACCUGGCAUGACCAGAGACGAUCUGUUCAAUACGAACGCCGGAAUCGUUCGUGAUUUGGCCGCGGCCGCAGCUGAAGUCGCUCCCAAAGCUUUGAUCGGCAUCAUCACGAACCCCGUCAAUUCGGCCGUCCCCAUCGCUUGCGAGGUGUUGAAGAAAGCCGGCAAAUUGGACCCGAAACGCGUCUUCGGCAUUUCCACUUUGGACAUUGUCCGCGCCAACACCUUCAUCGCCGAAGCGAAAGACCUCAAUCCGAAAGACGUGUCCGUCCCGGUCAUCGGAGGACAUUCCGGCGUCACCAUCAUCCCCUUGAUCUCCAGGGCGACGCCGUCCGUCUCCUUCCCUGCCGACCAACUGCAAGCCCUGACCACCAGGAUCCAAGAAGCGGGAACCGAAGUCGUAAAGGCCAAAGCCGGUGCCGGAUCCGCCACCCUCUCGAUGGCCUAUGCCGGUGCUCGCUUCGCCAACAGUCUCCUGCGCGGUCUUAAGGGAGAAUCCAACGUCGUUGAACCCGCUUACGUCAUCAGCGACGUGACAGAGGCUGCCUACUUCUCGACACCGCUCGUUCUGGGCAAGAACGGUUUGGAAAAGAACCUGGGUCUCGGUCAAUUGAGCGACUACGAACAGGAACUGCUCAAGAAGGCCAUUCCCGAAUUGAAGAAGAACAUCCAGGCCGGAAUCGAUUUCGUCAACAAGGCCUAAGCACUGGUAUUCACUCUACAUUCAUGUA